AUGGGGACAGAAAGAGAGACCCACGAUUUCAUGAACGUGGAAUCCUUCUCCCAGCUCCCUUUCAUCCGCCCUUCCCCCAGAUCCGACAAGCCCAUUCGCCUCUUCGGCAUCGAAUUCGGCACCACCAGCAGCGACGGCGGCGAGAACAGCGCCGCUGUCGCGGAAAACAACAACAACGACGACAAGAGCAAUAGUAACAACAACACCACCAGCAAUAGCAACGGCAGCAAUAACAACAGGAGGUUCGAGUGUCACUACUGCUGCCGCAACUUCCCGACCUCCCAGGCGCUGGGCGGCCACCAGAACGCCCACAAGCGGGAGCGCCAGCACGCCAAGCGGGCCCACCUCCACGGCGGCGCCGACGUCGCCCACCACCCUUUCUACGCGCCGCUCAGCUACCGAACCACCACCACCGCUCACCACCACGCGCCCUUCUCCUCCUACUCUUCGUGGAACGGGACGACGUCGUCUUCUUCCUCCUCUACUAGGUUUUACGGCAGCGGCGGCGGCGGAGUCGUCUCUUCUUACUCCUCCUCCUCCUCCACGUCGCAUCCGCAGCAGCAGCCUAUUACGGGCAGUCCGCUGGGGCUGUGGCGGGUUCCGUCGGCGACGUCGACGGUUCACGGCGGCGCUGCUGCUGCUGCUUUUCUUCGAGACAGGUCGGCGGCGGCGGCGGCCACGCAGCACGCGCCGUUGGCGUUACGUGGAGGAGAAGAUCAGGUGGUCGGAUCAGGCGGGCGGUUCGGGUUCGGGUCCGGGUCGAAACCGAAUUUGCAGCAGCAGCAGCAGCCGGAUCUUCACGUGAGUUUAGAUCUCCAUCUGUAA